UGGGAUGAAGUAUGAGAUCGGCUUGGCUGUGUACAUCUCUUUCUCAUCAGCUAUUUUCAGUAUUUUCGGCGGCGGGAUGCUAUGUGUUGCAUCAUGGGAUGUACGAAGUUAUGUAAGCCACAAGGUGGCAGAUCCACAGGGUCAUGGGGAGCCUGGAGCCUAUCUCACGGGACUUGUGGCACAAAGCAGCGGACACCCUGGACAACUUGCCAACCCACGACAGGCUCCUCCAUGAAGUGCACCUGAACAUGGCCAUCCAUGUGGAAGGACUGGUGGCGAUCGCGCUCUUUUACCUACUCAUCUUAUUUGUUGGGAUUUGGGCAGCCUGGAAAAACAAAAAGUCUGGGGUUGGAGACAGUACAGACCAGAGUGAAUCUAUAAUGGUGGGAGGACGGGACAUUGGGCUGUUUGUCGGUGGAUUUACUAUGACCGCCACGUGGGUUGGUGGUGGAUAUAUCAAUGGAACAGCAGAAUAUGUGUAUUUGCCUGGCUAUGGGCUGGCAUGGGCACAGGCACCCUUUGGUUAUGCACUUAGCCUGGUAGUAGGUGGUUUGUUCUUUGCCAAGCCGAUGCGGUCUAGGGGAUACGUGACCAUGCUUGAUCCCUUUCAGCAGCUUUAUGGGAAAAGAAUGGGUGGUCUUCUCUUUAUACCUGCACUGAUGGGGGAAAUCUUCUGGUCAGCAGCCAUUUUGUCCGCGCUGGGUGCCACCUUAAGUGUCAUAGUGGACAUCAACAUCAACAUGUCUGUUAUAAUAUCAGCGCUGAUUGCCAUCUUUUAUACACUGGUGGGCGGGUUAUACUCAGUGGCUUACACAGAUGUGGUUCAGCUUUUUUGCAUUUUUGUAGGCUUGUGGAUGAGUGUGCCUUUUGCUUUAGCCAACCCUGCAGUGUCAGACAUCAGUGUAACAGCAGUGACAAAAGUAUUUCAGACCCCGUGGCUGGGAAAAAUUCAUUCUUCAGAUGGCUGGAUGUGGGCAGAUAACUUUUGCCUUCUGAUGUUGGGGGGGAUUCCCUGGCAGGUCUAUUUUCAACGAGUUCUUUCUGCUUCUUCAGCUACUUACGCUCAAUUACUCUCAUUCCUGGCUGCCUUUGGCUGCCUUAUUAUGGCACUUCCUUCCAUUCUAAUUGGUGCCAUAGGGGCAUCUACAGACUGGAACCAGACAUCAUAUGGCUCUGUGCCACCGACAGAGAAAGAUGAAUCCGACAUGAUUCUGCCUAUUGUGCUUCAACAUCUUUGCCCACCUUUCAUCUCGUUCUUUGGCUUGGGGGCCGUUUCAGCUGCUGUGAUGUCAUCUGCAGAUUCGUCAAUUCUUUCAGCAAGUUCAAUGUUUGCACGCAACAUAUACCAGCUUGCUUUCCGUCAGUCGGCAUCUGACCGAGAAAUUGUCUGGGUGAUGCGAAUCACAAUCUUUGUAUUUGGUGCGUUGGCCACAGCCAUGGCUCUCCUGACCGGAACAGUUUACGGCCUGUGGUACCUGAGCUCAGAUCUUGUCUACGUAAUCAUCUUUCCUCAGCUAAUUAGUGUGCUCUUCAUUAAAGGAACCAAUACUUAUGGUUCAGUAUCUGGCUACAUCUUUGGCUUGCUUCUGAGAAUCGGUGGUGGGGAACCCUACCUCAAGCUUCCACCUUUCAUCUACUAUCCAGGCUGGUAUGAAGAAGAGAAGGUGCACCAUCUGACCAAAGAGGUGGAGCAUGUUGUGGUGCAGAAGUUCCCUUUCAAGACUGUAGCCAUGCUAGCUUCACUUUUGGGUAAUGCUGUCCUGUCAUACACAGCCAAGUAUCUCUUUGAGAGUGGCACACUCUCUCCAAAGUAUGACAUUCUGAAUGCUGUGGUUGCCAAGCACAGCAAGGAAAUCAUGGACAAGACAAUUCUUGUAAGCAAUGACAACAUCAUAAUGUCAGAAAUGACUCCAGUUAAACCAAGGACUGCAUCCUCCUUGGCAGGAACAUUCAUAAACACGGAAGUGCUUAUUGAUGAAGGAGAAAUCAGUAUAGAACUGAAUAAUGAAUGUGAAUAGGGAGUUUCUGUCACUGAUGUUUGAUUGAGUGGAACAUCUUUUAACAUCUGUUAAGAAAGUAAUUCUUAAAAUGAAUAUGUGGCAUGUUGAAGCUAAAUGUCUUUGCAGCUUUGCAAACCAUAAUAAAAAGGGUGAGUCAACUGAAAAUAAAAUAAGAGCAAUUAUAAUACAUUAUUUAUAUUCUGUUUCCUCAUAAUGUUUUGAUAUAAUUAGUAACUGUUUAUAGUUUUUAUGCUUUUAUGCUUUUCAGGUGCUUUAGGAGUAGAAAACAUUUUUCAGUUCAGAAAUUUUAAUUUCAUUCUUUUAAACAGUUAAUAGUUAAUGCACUAGGUUAAUGCACAGGUACAGAAACAAUGCCAGUGAUCAACCUCAGAUUAAAUGUGCAGCAUAAACACAGGACACAAAUAUUUAGUAUAUAUUCCUCAUUAAAGUGUAUGGGCAUGACAGAAGGUGAGUGACAAAUCCUCCUCAGUUAAAAAAAGGCUCUUGUUAAAUUCUUCAGUGUUCUCCAUAUUUUGCUCGUUUUCUAUGCCUCUGUCAAGUUUGUUUAGAGUUGGCGGGAGCGUGGUCACAAGUCAUUUAUUAGGAAUUUCAAGACAGAUUGCGUGAAACUCAUUUUUGUCAUUUAUGUCUGUAAUAUAUAUAUAUAAGAUCAAAAACAUAUUACUGUUCUUACAGUGUUUCUAACAGUGAGUAGUAGAGCUUUCUUGUGAUCGAUCAAUCCCCAGACAAUGGCUUGUUAUACUGUUCUGUCAUUACAGCAGACAUUUUUUUCAGUAGUGUUGGGUCUUAAAUUGUGUGGAUGUUGAUGUAAAUGAUUUCAAAAAUCAAAAAUCUUUAAAAGAUUUUUAAAAGAAACUAGUGAUUAAAAGAAACUUGAUUUCACUAGAGAAGCAAAUUUAGUGGUGUAUAUGUUCUCUCUGUAAUCUUGUGCUAUGAUGAGAACGAUAUAAUAUUCGCUGUGAUCAAUUACCAAAAAUAGUUGUUUUGGUGAUGGAAUAAGUUUAAAAACGUAUUUAAAAAUGGUAUCAUGCAGUGUGUUUAUGUUGAUAAAGAAUUUGCUGUUAAAUUUCUUUUCUUGCAAACCUUUCUUGAUAUCACACAAUGUAUUUCUCACAGCAUCAGGACAAAUAUGGACAUUUUCUUUCUGGUUUUCAUCUAAAAAAUAGGAUUUGGGACACUCCUCCAAAUCAUUGAAUUCAGGUUUUGGGGUUGGGCUUGGCCCCUUAGUUCCAGUGAAAGGAACUCUUAAUGCUUCAGCAUACCAAGAUAUUUUGGACAAUUUCAUGCUCCCAACUUUGUGGGAACAGUUUGGGGAUGACCCCUUCCUGUUCCAACAUGACUGCACACCAUUUUGGAGUGGAGGAACUUGACUGAGAUGAAACCAAAACCAAAUCUUCACCUGAACCAAAUCUUAUUUAACAAGGAAAAGUAUAAAGACCACUGCUGUUGUCAUCACUAUCCUCUUCCAACAGGACCAGGUGAAUGGCAAAAACAGUGUUAGUAGUACCUCAAAAGUAAUCAGAGUCAACUAUUGACCAUGCCAAGAGAGUUGAAAAGUAAAGUAAGGAAAAAAGGGAUUUACACUGGUUUUACAGGCAGAGGGAUACAGUGAGUGUCAGGUUGUGUCCAUCCUUAAAAUGUCAAAGACAGCGCUUCAUAAGAACAAGAUCAAGCUGCAAGCAUUGAAGACAACAAAGCUACAGACUGGCAGAUGGUGAAAACGACUCUCCACUGACCGGGAUGACCGCCAACUCAUUCAAAUGUUGCUCAACAACCAUAGGAUGACAUCAAGUGACCUCCAAAAAUAAUGGCAACCUCCAGACCUGAACCCCAUUGAAAACCUCUGGAAUGUGAUCAAGAGGAAGAUGGAUGGUCACAAGUCAUCAAAGCUGAGCUGCUUAAAUUUUUGUGGCAGAAGUGACAUAAAGUCACCCAACAGCAAUGUGACAGAUCAUUGGAGAGCAGGUUAAGACGCAUGAAAGCUGUUUAAAAAUUAAAAUU